CGCCGCGCUUAUCUGCACUGCGCUUUACAAACAGCGAUUCAUUCGCGCACAACGGCUGAGCCGGGGUGCUUGCGAAGUGGGUGGCGCAGCGCUCGGCUCUGUUUUAAUAUUCUACACGAAAUACCGAACUUUUAUUCUCGUACUUUAUGCGAGGCUUUCAAAAUCUCAGGGCGCCCAGAGUGUAUUUUGUAAUAGUUUAAAAAGGAGAUAAAUUCUGAGAGACACGAGUUUCGUUAGCUCUCUAACGUGCCGAUAAUCAAGCAGGCGGAGGACAACCCACGUGGAGAGAGAGAGAGAGAUCGAGAGGCAACCACCGCUGCAUUCUACUUGCAGGGGCACAGAGAGAGAGAGAGGGGGCAAGGCCGGUGAGGAGAUCGUAGCGAGCAAGGCGAAGCAAUGGGGGCAGGUCGGGGCUAAAGGGGAGCGUUAUAGUGUGUGUAGGAGCCAGUGGGCAGCAUUGUGUGUGUAGGAGCCAGUGGGCAGCAUAGUGUGUGUAGGAGCCGGUGGGCAGCAUUGUGUGUGUAGGAGCCGGUGGGCAGCAUAGUGUGUGUGUAGGAGCCAGUGGGCAGCAUUGUGUGUGUAGGAGCCAGUGGGCAGCAUAGUGUGUGUAGGAGCCGGUGGGCAGCAUAGUGUGUGUAGGAGCCGGUGGGCAGCAUAGUGUGUGUAGGAGCCGGUGGGCAGCAUUGUGUGUGUAGGAGCCGGUGGGCAGCAUUGUGUGUGUAGGAGCCAGUGGGUAGCAUAGUGUGUGUGUAGGAGCCAGUGGGCAGCAUUGUGUGUGUGUAGGAGCCAGUGGGCAGCAUUGCAAGAGGCAAAGAGGCGCAGGGAAAAGGCGGUGGUCUGUUGCGAGAGUGAGGAGGAGUGGGAGCCAUGGCCACGCUGUACCUGGAGGAUGGCACUGCCAUGCCGGGGAAGCUCUUCGGGGCCUCCAGGAGUGUGGCGGGAGAAGUCGUGUUCCAGACGGGCAUGGUGGGCUACCCAGAGGCACUCACAGACCCGUCCUACUGCUCCCAGAUCCUGGUGCUCACCUAUCCGCACAUCGGCAACUACGGCGUGCCUGCCGAUGGCGACAGCAACUUCGGCCUGAGCAAGUGGUUCGAGUCGUCGCGUAUUCACGCGGCAGCCCUCGUUGUAGGCGAGUAUUCGCGCGAGCACAGCCAUUGGAGCUCCACGCGGUCGCUCCACGACUGGCUCUGCGAGCACAACAUCCCCGCACUCGAAGGCAUCGACACGCGGGCGCUGACCAAGCUGAUUCGUGAGAAGGGGUCGCUGCUGGGGCGCAUCGUACUGGACGGAGCCGACGAAACGGCAGUGCCGCUGCAGGACCCCAAUCUGCGCAACCUCGUUGCCGAGGUGUCCAUAAAGGAGCCGCGGCUGCUGAACCCCGGUGGGGACGUUCGCAUUCUGGUCAUCGACUGCGGCCUCAAGUACAACCAGCUGCGGUGCCUGUGUGAUCGCGGUGCCAGCGUGCAGCUUGUGCCAUGGGACUCGCCGCUUUCCUCGGCCGAGUUCGAUGGGCUGUUUAUCAGCAACGGCCCUGGUGACCCGACGCAAUGCACCGCCACGGUGGAGGUGCUCAAGGGCGUGCUGGCGCGCAAAACUGGGGCACCGCCCAUCUUCGGCAUCUGCCUGGGCCACCAGCUGCUGGCGCUGGCGGCUGGAGCGACCACUCACAAGAUGAAGUACGGCAACCGCGGCCACAACCAGCCGUGCCUGCAUGAGGCUUCAGGCCGCUGCUUCAUCACGUCGCAGAACCACGGCUUCGCGGUGGACGUCGCGUCGCUGCCGCCUGAGUGGACGCCUUUAUUUACCAACGCCAACGACGCCUCCAACGAAGGCAUCGUGCACGACUCGCUGCCAUUUUUCAGCGUGCAGUUCCACCCGGAGCACAUGGCAGGGCCUCAAGACCUCGAAGACCUCUUUGACGUCUUUCUGCAGGCUGCACGGGACCACAAGGCCGGCAUGGACCUGCAGGUCACGCCCAUCAAGCAGCGGCUAACGAAGCACCUGUCGUGGAGCGGGACCCCCACCGGGUGCGGGGUGCAGGGUGGCCGCCCGGCCAAGGUGCUGGUGCUUGGGUCGGGAGGCCUGUCCAUCGGCCAGGCCGGGGAGUUUGACUACUCCGGCUCACAGGCCAUCAAGGCCCUGAAAGAGGAGAACAUUCAAACGGUUCUCAUCAACCCCAACAUCGCCACCGUGCAGACGUCGAUGGGUCUCGCCGACAAGGUUUACUUCCUGCCCAUCACGGCCGAGUACGUCACGCAGGUGAUCCAGAACGAGCGACCGGACGGCAUCCUGCUGAGCUUCGGGGGUCAGACGGGGCUCAACUGCGGCGUGGAGCUGUCAAAGCUGGGCGUGCUGGAGCGCUAUGGCGUGCGCGUCCUCGGCACGCCCGUCGCCUCCAUCGAGAUGACCGAGGACCGCAAGGGCUUCGUCGAGAAGAUGGAGGAGAUCGGAGAGCACGUGGCGCCCAGCGUGGCCGCCUGCUCGAUUGAGCAGGCGCUUGCGGCGGCCAACAAGCUGGGCUACCCGGUGCUCGUGCGCGCCGCCUUCGCGCUCGGCGGCCUGGGCUCGGGAUUCGCCGAUGGGCCCGAGGAGCUGUCGGCGCUGGUGACGCAGGCGUUCGCGCACACCACACAGGUGCUGGUGGAUAAGUCUCUCAAGGGCUGGAAGGAGGUGGAGUAUGAGGUCGUUCGCGACGCCUACAACAACUGCAUCACGGUGUGCAACAUGGAGAACGUGGACCCCCUGGGCAUCCACACGGGCGAGUCCAUCGUCGUCGCCCCAAGCCAGACACUCAACAACCGCGAGUACAACAUGCUGCGCACCACCGCCAUCAAGGUCAUCCGCCACCUGGGCGUCGUGGGGGAGUGCAACAUUCAGUACGCGCUCAACCCUGAGUCCGAGCAGUACUACAUCAUCGAGGUGAACGCUCGUCUGUCCAGGAGCUCGGCGCUCGCCAGCAAGGCCACGGGAUACCCGCUGGCGUACGUGGCGGCCAAGUUGGCGCUUGGCAUCCCCUUGCCUACGCUCAGGAACUCUGUGACCGGCUCGACUACGGCGAACUUUGAGCCGAGUCUGGACUACGUGGUGGUGAAAGUCCCGCGCUGGGACCUGAGCAAGUUCCUGCGUGUGAGCACCAAGAUCGGAUCCUCCAUGAAGAGCGUCGGGGAGGUGAUGGCCGUGGGCCGUUGCUUCGAGGAGGCAUUCCAGAAGGCGCUUCGCAUGGUCAACGAGAACUGCUGCGGCUUCGACCACACGCUCAAACCUGCCUCCGACGAGGAGCUGGAGACGCCCACGGAUAAGCGGAUCUUCGUGCUGGCGGCGGCCCUGCGUGCCGGCUACUCGGUGGAGCGACUGUACGAGCUGACACGCAUCGACAGCUGGUUCCUGCACCGCAUGCGUGGAAUCACGGUGCUCGGGCAAGCGCUCGAGGCCUACCAGGAGCACCCACUGCCACGCAGCCUGCUGCUGCGUGCCAAACAGCUCGGAUUCUCAGACCGGCAGAUCGCCGGCGCCAUCAUGAGCACGGAGCUGGCGGUGCGGCAGCUGCGGAAGGAGCUGCAGGUUUUGCCGUGGGUGAAGCGCGUGGACACGGUGGCGGGGGAGUGGCCGGCGCAGACCAACUACUUGUACCUGACGUACGGUGGCAUCGAGCACGACAUUUCCUUCCCCGCCGACCACGUGCUCGUGCUAGGCUCCGGCGUCUACCGCAUCGGCAGCAGCGUGGAGUUCGACUGGUGCGCCGUGGGCUGCAUCACAGAGUUGCGCAAGCUCGGCUACAAAACCAUCAUGGUGAACUGCAACCCGGAGACUGUGAGCACGGACUAUGAUAUGUGCGACCGACUCUACUUCGAAGAGAUCUCCUUUGAAACCGUGAUGGACAUCUACGAGCUGGAGAACCCAGAGGGCGUGAUCCUGUGCAUGGGCGGGCAGCUGCCCAACAACAUCGCGAUGGCGCUGCACCGGCAGAAGUGCCGCAUCCUGGGCACUUCGCCCGAGUUCAUCGACGGCGCCGAGAACCGAUUCAAGUUCUCGCGAAUGCUCGACUCCAUCGGCAUCAGCCAGCCUCUCUGGAAGGAGCUGUCCGACCUGAAGUCCGCCAAGGAGUUUUGCGCCAACGUGGGCUACCCGUGCCUUGUGCGCCCGUCCUACGUGCUGAGCGGCGCUGCCAUGAACGUGGCGCUCUCCGACAACGACCUGGAGGCGUUCCUGAACAGCGCCGUCGCCGUGUCAAAGGAGUACCCCGUCGUCAUCUCGAAGUUCAUUCUGGAGGCCAAGGAAAUGGACGUGGACGCGGUGGCGUGCGACGGCGAGGUGGUGGCCAUGGCCGUGUCGGAGCACGUGGAGAACGCCGGCGUCCACUCGGGCGACGCGACCCUCGUAUCGCCCGCCCAGGACAUCAACCGCCAGACCAUGCAGCGCAUCCAGGCCAUCGUGGUGGCCAUCGGCCGCGAGCUGCAGGUCACGGGCCCCUUCAACCUGCAACUCAUCGCCAAGGACAAUCUGCUCAAGGUGAUCGAGUGCAACGUGCGCGUGUCGCGCUCCUUCCCGUUCGUCUCAAAGACGCUCGGCGUGGACCUGGUUGCCAUGGCGACACGGGUGAUAAUGGGCGAGAAGGUGGAACCCGUGGAGCUGAGGGGCACCGGCAUCGUCGGAGUCAAGGUGCCGCAGUUCUCGUUUUCGCGGCUGGCGGGUGCCGACGUCAUGCUGGGCGUGGAGAUGACAAGCACGGGUGAGGUGGCCUGCUUCGGGGAGAACCGCUAUGAGGCCUACCUCAAAGCCAUGCUGAGCACCGGCUUUCGUAUCCCCAAGGAGAACAUCUUGCUCUCAAUCGGCAGCUACAAGAACAAAAGCGAGCUCCUCCCCACGGUGCGCACCCUGGAGAAACUCGGGUUCCAGUUGUACGCCAGUCUGGGCACCGCCGACUUCUACACGGAGCACGGCAUCAAGGUGCGCGCCGUGGACUGGCACUUUGAGGACGCCGAGGGUGGCGAUGGCGGGGAGAAGCAGCGCUCGAUCCUAGACUACCUGGCCGAGAAUCACUUCCACCUCGUCAUCAACCUCCCCAUGCGCAACGCUGGCGGGCGUCGCCUCUCGUCGUUCGUGACGCGCGGGUACCGCACGCGCCGCAUGGCCGUGGACUAUUCCGUUCCGCUCAUCACCGAUAUCAAGUGCACCAAGCUGUUCGUCGAGGCGCUGCGUCUGAUUGGCGGAGCCCCCCGGGUCAAGACGCACGUGGACAGCAUGACCGCACAGAGGAUCGUCAGGCUCCCAGGCCUCAUGGACGUGCACGUGCACCUGCGGGAGCCGGGCGGCGAGCAUAAGGAGGACUUCUGCUCGGGCACGGCGGCGGCGCUGGCCGGUGGCGUGACGCUCGUGUGCGCCAUGCCCAACACGAACCCCGCGGUCACCGACCUCGACUCGCUCGCCGUCGUGCAGAAGGCGGCUCGCGCCGGCGCUCGCUGCGACUAUGCGCUGUUCGCCGGCGCCUCGGUGGAGAACGCGGCGUCCGUGCGCGAUCUGAGCGGCGCCACCGCCGGCCUUAAGAUGUACCUCAACGAGACGUACUCCGCCCUGCGGCUCGACAACAUGGCGCACUGGAUGCAGCACUUCGAGAGCUGGCCGCGGGACCGCGUGAUCGCGGUGCAUGCCGAGAGGCAGACGGUGGCGGCAGUGCUCAUGGUAGCGCAGCUGCACAAGCGUUCGGUGCACGUGUGCCACGUCGCCCGCAAGGAAGAGAUCCUACUCAUCCGCGCCGCCAAGGAGAGUGGGCUGGAGGUCACCUGCGAGGUGGCUCCACACCACCUCUUCCUGUGCCAGGACGACCUGGAGGUCAUAGGUCAAGGCCGGGGUCAGGUUCGGCCAGAGCUGAGCACGCGAGAAGACAUGGAGGCGCUGUGGGAGAACAUGGACAUCAUCGACUGCUUCGCUACGGACCACGCUCCGCACGCGGUGCAGGAGAAGGAUGGCGCGUCGCCGCCCCCAGGCUUCCCGGGCCUCGAGACGAUGCUGCCGCUGCUGCUCACGGCCGUGGGUGAGGGGCGACUCACGAUCGACGACCUCGUGGCCCGUCUCCAUGACAACCCCCGCCGCAUCUUCAACCUGCCCAAGCAGGAGGACACCUACGUGGAGGUGGACUUGGACCAGGAGUGGGUGAUCCCUGAGCACAUGCGCUUCACCAAGUCGCGCUGGACUCCAUUUGCGGGGCGCAGGGUGAAGGGAGUGGUGCGACGUGUGGUGCUGCGGGGGGAGGUGGCCUACAUCGAUGGGCAGGUGUUGGUGCCGCCAGGGUUUGGGAAGGACGUGCGGGCGGCAUGGCCGAUGGCCCCCUUGGCUGCCUCCGCGGCCGCCGCCACCGUCAUCACCGCGGCCGUUGCUGGUGUCGCUGCUCCCGCCGCCUGUCCCUCUGCCAACGUCCUCCCACCUACCAAGGUGGCUCCCAUGAGCCCCCGUCGUGCCGUGAGGAUGCAGUUACCCCCCCGCGUCCACCGCUCAUCCGAUCCAGGCUCCCUCCUUCCUGAAGUCAACAGUGGAACGUCCUGUGGGGAGUGGCCGCCUGCCAUGGAAAUGUGGAAUUUCCACCACAGGCUCGAGCACAUCCUCUUUCCAGACGGCGGAGCGGCGGCGUUGCCGACGACCUCCACCCUGCCUCGCCUCACCCUGUCCCCGCAGCACCCGUCGCUGGCCGCCGCAGGGCCUCCCUCUUCCGUAUCCCCGCACCAGGCGGCCACGGCGGCCACGCACGGCCUCACGGGCCAGCACAUCCUCUCCGUGCGGCAGUUCUCCAAGGAUCAGCUGUCGCAUAUGAUGAACGUCGCUCACCACAUGCGCAUGAUGGUUCAGAAGGACCGCAGCCUCGACUCCGUGCUCAAGGGCAAGGUGAUGGCGUGCAUGUUCUACGAGGCGAGCACGCGCACCAGCAGCUCGUUCACGGCCGCCAUGCAGCGCCUGGGCGGCAGCGUCAUCACCUUCUCCGAGGCCACCUCCUCCGCGCAGAAGGGAGAGUCGCUCGCCGACUCCGUCACCACCAUGUCCUGCUACGCCGACGUGCUCGUCCUGCGCCACCCAGCUCCCGGUGCCGUUGAGAUGGCGGCCAAGAACAGCCGGCACCCGGUCAUCAAUGCGGGCGACGGCGUUGGGGAGCACCCGACGCAGGCGCUGCUCGACAUCUUCACCAUCCGCGAGGAGCUGGGCACCAUCAACGGCAUGACUAUCACCAUGGUGGGAGACCUGAAGCACGGGCGCACGGUUCACUCGCUGGCGAAGCUGCUCGCGCUCUACCGCGUCACGCUGCAGUACGUGUCGCCCCCAAGCCUGCGCAUGCCACCCCGCAUCGUGCAGUCGCUCGCCAGCAAGGGCAUCAAGCAGGUGGAGUUGGGCAGCAUUGAGGAGGCCAUGCCCGACACGGACGUACUCUACAUGACGCGCAUCCAGAAGGAGCGCUUCACCUCGGAGGACGACUACAACAAGUGCUUUGGGCAGUUUGUGCUGACGCCGCACAUCAUGACACGCGCCAAGGCCAAGAUGGUGGUGAUGCACCCCCUGCCACGCGUCAACGAGAUCAGCCCGGAGGUGGACUCGGACCCUCGUGCUGCCUACUUCCGCCAGAUGGAGAACGGCAUGUACGUGCGCAUGGCACUCAUCGCAUGCAUCCUGGCGCGGGUCUAGCGCCUGGAGACCCGCAAAUCACCAACAGCACCAGGAGAAGACAAGGGGGGGGGGAGGGGGUAGUGGUGAGAGGUUGAGUUGUUGAGAUGGGUGGGCAGUGAGUGAGUGGGUGGGUACUUGGUGGUGGAUGGGUGUGUGGAGGCAUGUGGUAAUAUGGGUGGUUGGUGAUGGGUAUUGAGUUGGUGAAUGAAUUGAAUUGUUUACCAGUUUGACCAUUUCUUCUUAUCGGUUUGUUAAAACAAAAAACUAAUUAUGGACUAAUUAAUCAUAACACUGCAUGGCUUUUUUUAUAUGGCCACUCGAUAUGGUCAGAGCCCGAGUCGUAACCAGAAAAAGAGACGGGCUCUGGCCAACUCCCCUUUUAAGCGUGGAGACACUGACCAUUUUUUAGUUACAUGAGAGAGCCUCGUCGAGUCUCUGGCUUUUUUUCAUGAGGGUUCUGCUUGGGUUGAGUCUACGAGCACUACUUGUUCUCUACAUGACCCACCAACCCCCGCUCCAGAGUACUGGACCGCAGGCGGCGUGCCACGUGCACCAGAUAGGGCCAGCGUUACUCGUCCCCAGUCUCCACGUGGCCCCUACCCCUCCAUCUAAAUGGUUGAGUCCACCUGCGAGGUCUGCAUCACUCCACCUGGGGUGUUCCAUUGUAGUCCUUGAUCAUGAAAUCUCACACCCUGGCCUUACUGCUGUCAAAACGCGACAUGAUGUUUGUGACCUGAGCCAGGCGGUGCAAAACCUCAAGACGUUUAUGGCCCAAUUCCCGUGGUUUUAUGACGAUCCCAUUUUGUCACGCUUUUUGAACAAUGUCACCAACAAUGGAUAAAAUCACCAAGGUGAUAUUUUGUGGCCUUCAACGUCAAGAUGUGAAUCUGGCCAUUUAGUUUCUCCAUAGUGAAGGUUGUUGGGAAGGAUAGAGGAUUUUAUUUGGGUUUUUUUUUUAUCUGCCUGCCAAGAUAAUUUCAGAGAUGUUGGGUCACGGGACUGUGAACCCAUGCCUUGAUUCCUUUCUUCCUCCCAAUGGAUGCUAUUUUUUUCACAUUUCAUUGGUUACCAGAGCUGCUGUUUGCAAUCCUUUUUUGCUUACGCACAAGCCUUGCUUGCUUCUGCAAGCAGUAAGGGCGUUUUAAGAAUAUAUUUAGAAAACGUGCAGUCUUAUUUUUCCACGUGUUUUAUUAUUGUAUCGAGUGAUUUGCAAAGAAGUCUGCUUUCUUGUCGUUUACGUUUUGAGAGAGAGGGUUGUUAAUUCCAUUGUUGUUUAUAAACAUGGAAGAUAAUGUAAAAAGGAUCCAUAAAGAUGGUGGUGGAGAUGAUCGUCGGAGCGGUCCGUCCGACUUUAAUAGAAAGGGACUUGGCAAAAAGGAAUGGCAUUUGAGCUGAUGCGAUAGCCACGAGUGGUGCGAAAUGGUUGCAGGUCUUCACGAGUAAGCGAUGCGAGUGGCUGCACAGAAAAGUCUCUAUAGGAGGGGUUCCCUUUGUGGUGAUGGAAUUGAUCGUUAAACAGUGUUGUAGUGCAGCGGUAGCCAAUAGACCAAACACUACGAUCCAUUCUGGUGGAUCUCAACGGGUUCUGUGAUCCACCAUCAGAAAGACAAUUACCCUGACAUAUUUAACCCUGUAAUGUACGAAAUACAUCAAGAGUACCAAUGCCAUCGAUUGGUAGAAUUUUUUUUUCAAUGUAUGAAUUCUUAUGGAUUUGUGUUUGCCAUCAACCAUACAGAGAAUAGUUUUAUGCUUGUUAGUGUUCUGAUUUGUCCUGAGAACCACAAAAAAUCGUUUGCGAACUACGUAUUGGUCACCGCUGGCGUAGCGCAUCUUGCUAUGAAUACCCCAGGUAUAAGCUAAAAUCUCUUUUCAUUGCUUAUUUUUCAGAGAUUUAAUUUCCCGUUAACAAUCACAGUUGUUAAGACAAAGCCUGUUUUUUUUAUAAAUUGCAACAUUAACUGCACAGCUUGGUAAUGUUUUAAAGUACAGAUCAACUCAAAUUGGGUGUUGGCAUUUCAUUGCCAGAAUCAUAUCAUUCACCUGCAUGUGAAUAUGGCCCUCACUUGUAUGUGACACAACAGAGAUAUUGAGCAAUAUAAAUGCAAUGUCAAUUUAGUUGAAGGAUAAUUUUGGACCUCUUGGUGAGACCAAGAAAUCCAGGCGCCUUUGCUUUGACUUUGGCGCUUUGGUACAUUGGCCAAUCCAUGUGAAUGGUUAACUUUUUUUAAACAACUGAUGGUACUGUUGUUUGCAAAGAUGUUGGUUUAUAAGAAUGGUUUAUGAUGUGCUGCCAGAGGCUGUCCUCUUACUAUGCCGAUUCGUAGUGUUUAAUUGCAUAUUAUAAUUUCGGUUUUAAAAAUUGCCAAUUGCUUAAUGAUGGCUAUGCUAAGAUGUCAAUCGGGGUUUAUUUAGGCUGCAGAACAUAAUGGGAUAAACUCAGUCCACAAUGUAUGUUCUACUUGAGUAGCAAGCACAGCUGGUGGUGGGUGACAAUACUGAUGGUGGUGUGACAAGACAAUUUAACACAUAACUUGUCUAGUUCCGAUGGUUAUUAGAAUUCUCAUUGAAGAAUGACCUCGCCCACCAACCGCCAUGCAACCAGAGCCGAUAGGCUUGUAAACAUGUCACCGGCCAAGCGCUACCACCACAAGAUAAUAAUCAUCACGCAAUCAUUUCCGCAGGCGAAGAUUCAGGAAAGUUUUAACCGAGUCUUGGGAACUUCUUAAAGGAAAGUCCUGCUUGGGGUGUUAAGCCAUUUGCUUUGUGGGAAUAUGUGGUAUGUUUCUCCCAUAAUGUUUUCUUGUUUAAAAGCCUUCUUAAACUUGUGGUGUGAUGGUUUGUCACUGAUAUGCUUUAUCCCCAGUUAAUGGAGAGCCUCAUUGACCAGGGGGAGGGCAUUGUCUUGUCUUGCUCAGCUCUUUAAGUUAAUUGCUGAAGAAAAAUCUGGUUAAACUAACUCGAAUCCCAGUAGCAAUUGAAGCCAAACUCCAGUGCCUGCUUGCGUGGCAGGCUUGUGUAGCUUCCAACAAUUACUUAAACAUUCACCAUGCAUUUAAACCAAAGGAGAUUGUAUAGACAAGGCGGCAGCAUCAUGUAUGUAGAGUUCGUGUUUAUUUACCGAAAGGUUACACGUGAACGGCCGUGCGCACAGCCUUUUGAGCAGCAUCGGAUUCCUCCACAAGACAUUCUGAUUUUGAACUGGUGAGAUCAGUGUGUCACUUAGUCUGUGAGCCAGAACAGAUCUUGGUACCACUGAAGUUGCAAAACUUUUUGCAAUACCGAUUUAUGUAUAUGGUUUAUACCUUGAAUUAAUUACUUGAUAACCCACUCGUGUCAAAUGGUUAUUACAAGAUUCACUAUAAUUGGCCACAAAAAUUGUAACAACUAAAGCUGUGCCACCUCGGAUGGUACCAACAACUGAAAUAACUGUUCUGGGCUCAUGGAGUAACUGCUGAGUGAAAGUUUACAGCCAAGCCAUACCCCUUUUGAGAGAAGUCAGCAGUGGUCUUGCUGAGAUUGGGCCUGCCAGGGUAAUAUGGAAUUUGUACCACUGGCUUGGGGCCUCUAAAUCAGUUCAGCACCAUUGCCUGUUUGGACAUGGAGACAUUUUGACAAGUGCACAAAUUUAAAUGCGUUCACAAUAUACUUUAAAAGUUUAUUUUUUAGCGCUGGCUUAAUUUGUUCAACCUGCAAUGGAUGAGCAUUGGAUAAUUGUGUUCCAGUUGAAUGAGCCUGGGAGGUGUACAUCUUGGCUUUUAGGCAAUGAGCAGGCUGUUGAAAGCCCCCUGUGGUCAAUGUUUAUUUGUAAAAGGUGAACUGCAGUGUGUGGUUCAUUACAUCUACUGCAGACCAGUAGCAGUGCCACGGUUGUCUGACGGUCGAGAAUUGGCCACGAAUUAAGGAAUCUUGCGUGUUUAUUUUCACUUUGUUUUAAUGUUUUUUUAGCUGAUUCUUGUUUUUGAGAAAUUCCCUUUAUGCGCUUUGCAUCUCAAUGCAAUUUAGUUUGUAGCGUCUGAACAAAAAAUAAAUGCGACUCAGUUUUUACUGA